AUGGCGUCUAAAAAGCGAAGCUUUCGUCACUUCAUUGCAAACCAGGAGAAACCGAAGCUUCACCUAGUUCUUGACUUGGAUCACACGCUCAUCCACACGGUUUAUGUUUCACAGCUCUCCGAGAAAGAAAAGUACCUAAUCGAACAAGUCGAUUCAAGCGUAGAUCUAUGGAGGGUCAACGAAGACGAAGACCCUACAAACGAUUACAUCAUAAAGCUACGACCUUUCGUUCGUGAGUUUCAACAAGAAGCCAACAAGCUUUUCACCAUGUACGUUUACACGAUGGGCAAUUCCAGUUACGCUCAGACAGUGUUGGAUUUGAUUGAUCCGGACAGAGUCUACUUUGAAGAUCGAGUCAUAACGUACGAAAAGAGUCCUACAAAGAAGACACUUGCUCAUCUUGCGGUUGAUAAACGUACGGUGGUGAUUGUGGAUGAUACGAGAGAGGUUUGGGCGUCUGGUGACAAGAAAAACUUGUUGGAGAUCGCCAAGUACUUUUAUUUCAGAGAUGGGGCCAACUCUAAAUCUUACGCAGAGAAGAAGAGAGACGAGAGUCGAAGCAAGGGGUCAUUGGCUCAGGUUCUGAAAAUCCUCAAAGAUGCUCACAGUUUAUUCGGAAAGAAGUUUGGUUCUAAAGACUUGAGGAUUUUGAUAGAUCAUUGCAGACGAAAAAGACAAUGCUGCUUUCUUGACUUACUUAAAAUGCUUUGUAUUUUCUGA